AGCUACUACGGUUUCCGCUCUGAAAAUGGUGGUUUGAUGUCGGCAACUAAAAACGUGCGCUACGUGUCUCAGUGUUACACAAUAUCACUGACCAUGAACAAGAUGAAGAAGAAGUUGCCUGAGCGGAUCCUGAAUCACAUCCUGGAGAUUCUCUUCCUGCUGACGGGAGAGCGUAUGACUAACUCACUGACAGCGAGUCACAUGAUAGAUAACAAGGUGACAACAGAGAGGAUAAUGACCCACACCCUGCAGAUCAUGUACCUGCUGACAGGGGAGGUGCCUAUAAAGUGUGAUGAUGUUGCUGUGUAUUUCUCUAUGGAGGAGUGGGAGUAUAUAGAGGGACACAAGGAGAUUUACAAGGACGUUAUGAUGGAGACUCACCAAGCUCGAAGGACUAUAGAGAUCACAGGAAAUGAGAGCUCAGAACUAAUAGGUCACAGUGCUGAAAAUCAAGGAGCACAAGGAGAACUUGUACAGAAUAUUCAGCCAGUGGAGACCCCAUCAGAUGUUGCUGCAGGUAGCUUCAUAAACUGCAGUUAUCCUGCUCAUGAUCAGAGUGCUGAUGCUUCCUUCAAUCUUUUUCAAAAUCAAAGAAGCCACAUCGGAAAUUUAUGCUCUGACUCUGAGAAAUGUUUUACCAAGAAAUGUCAUACAAGAAAGAAAGCAUUUUCUUGUUUUGACUGUGGGAAACGUUUUACUCUGAAAUUAGAUCUCAUUAGACAUGAAAAAAAGCACAGAAUUGAUAAACCAUUUUCAUGUUCUGAAUGUGGUAAAUGUUUUACCACUAAAUCACAACUUGGUAGACAUCAGAAAUUUCAUACAGGAGAGAAAUCAUUUUCAUGUUCUGAAUGUGGGAAAUGUUUUACUCAGAAAUCAGAUCUUGUUAGACAUGAAAAAAAUCAUACAGGUGAUAAACCAUUUUCAUGUUCUGAAUGUGGGAAAUGCUUUACUAGUAAUUCACAACUUGGUAGACAUCAUACAUUUCAUACAGGAGAGAAAGCAUUUUCAUGUUCUGACUGUGGGAAAUGUUUUACUCAGAAAUCAUCUCUAAUUACUCAUCAAAAAAUUCACACAGGAGAGAAAGCAUUUUCAUGUUCUGAAUGUGGAAAAUGUUUUACUCAGAAGUCAUCUCUUAUUACUCAUCAGAGAAUUCAUACAGGAGAAAAGGGAUUUUCAUGUUCUGAAUGUAUGAAAUGUUUUAUUCAGAAGUCGCAUCUUAUAAGGCAUCAGAUAAUUCAUACAACGGGGCAAUCAUUUUCAUGUUCUGAAUGUAGGAAAUCUUUUACUCAGAAGUCAUCUCUUAUUAAUCAUCAGAAAAUACAUACAGCGGAGAAAGAAUUUUCCUGUUCUGAAUGUGGGAAAUGUUUUAAUCAGAAAUCAAAUCUUAUUACCCAUCAGAAAAUUCAUGUUAAAAAAAGAAAAAAUAGAGCUUAAAGGCACAUAAACAGGUUAAGAUCUGUGGAUAUACUAAAAGGACAAAUUAAUUAAAAAUAGUUUGCAUAAAAAAUGUUUAAAAAUUGCUGGCAAAUAUUUUUAAAUAAAUUUUCAAAAAUAAGCAAAAUGAAUUGCAUAGCUAAGCUGUCUGGAUCAGCCAACUCCACCCCCCUUAUCACUGUUUAGACACAGGCAUUGUAUUUCAACUGAGUCCACAGCUUCUAGGCAUACUCCAUCAGAUAAUCCCUAUGCACUUUUGCAUUCUACCAAAACAACAAUAGAUAUAGAUAAAUCCAUAGAAGGAAAUGUGUGUGGGGAGUUAGAGCUUUACAAUUCAGAAAAAAAGAAAGGGUUAAUGGUGAGGCACUGCAGUAUAAAUUUGCUGGUAAAGUAAUUAAAGUACAUAUUAUUAUUAUAUUUUGUCUCUAUCGCAACUUGUUUUAUGUCCCUUUAACCUCUCACAUGCAUAGGGCGACACAUCCACACAAUGUCUAGAGUGCUGUUGAGGCAUUAUAGUGAAGUGUCCACUGAGGUGAUCAUAUUUCUAUAGCUGGAAUUAAAUUGAGGUUUAUAGGUGAACAGGAUUUGCCCCUAUGUUAACAUCAACAUGCAAGAGGCCUCCAAAAGCCCUUGUCUAGAUUAGGAUAGCCCCCCCCCCCCACUUGACUGCAUAAAAUACAUUGUGCUGAAAUAUAACAAAAAUAAAUUUUCCUUCUUAAUAUGGGAAGAGUCCACAGCUAGAUUCCUUACUUGUGGGAAAUACUGAACCUGGCCACCAGGAGGAGGCAAAGACACCCCAGCCAAAGGCUUAAAUACCUCCCCCACUUCCUCAUAACCCCAGUCAUUCUUUGCCUUUCAUCACAGGAGUUUGGCAGAGAAUUGUUCAAAGAUUUCUGAGUAGUCUCUUAUAGAGGGUAGUACUCUUCGAGAUGGGACUGGAGUUUUAAGUGAGAGCAUGGAUGAAAGUUAUAGUCCGGAGAUGCAGGGAGAGUCUUUCUGCAAAACCAUCCCGACUCACAUUAACAGCUCCAUAAGCAAUCAGCGUUGACGAGUUUCACUGCCUGCUUUCUUCACUCAAGUCCAUGUCAGAAGCGCUGCUACAAUCUGUCACACUUGAAGGAUCGUGUUACUGUUCCACGGCAUAGAUUCUGGUAAGAUCGUUUCAUAUUUUAUGCAUGUAUAAUAACGCAAGAAGACAGGGUCACAGUGUGACUCCUUUUAUCUGUAUAGAAUCAAGGGUUAAUAUGUCCUGAGGGGGAUUAUUGAACAGUGGGGAAUAAUCUUAUAUGUUUAUUUGAUUUUAUGCUGCUUUUAUGUGUGCAAUGUUAUGGGCUCAUAGGCUGUUAUGGAAUAUACAGGUUUCACUUUGAGAGCUGUGAAGCUUACAAGCUUGGCGCGCUUUUUCUUAUAGCAGGGACGGUCCUGCAUUGUGCACCAUGUGAUUUAUUCCUUUUUUUCCUGACCAGGUGUCUAUAAGAGAGGAGUCAUAAAUCUCUGUAUUGUCUGGGUCAUUGGAGGUGGUGAGUGCCCCAGCCAUUGGGGUAUAAAGGUGUCGUUACUUUGAAUAAAAUAAGAUUGUUUUAUUUCUAUAUUUAUCCGGUUAUUGCACUAGCGAUGGAGGAUUCUGUUACUUUAGAGGGUAGUCCCUAUAUUCCUAAAGAGUAAUUCCUGUUUAUAUUGUGAGGAGGCCUUAGAUCCGCACUCUCAAUUAUGUUCCAUAUGCCUUGAUAAUGUGAUGAUAUCAAACAUGUUUGAUACUACUGAGCUGUCCACCUCUGAGGAGCUGUCGUCCAGUGAGGUGCGUACCCUACAUUCUUAUCCCUCUACACAUGCAGUUUCCCGUAGCAUUGCUGAUCCUCCAUCUGGAGGGGGCCUUUUUUUCACCAGGUGUUACUGCGCAGUUCAGACGGCGGUGUCUGUGGCUUUAAUGCUUUACCUCGCCCUGCUAAGUGCAAACGAAAGGUUACAUAUUGCACUUCUUCCUAGAGUACUUCAGAUAAUUUAUUGGAUUUAACUGAUAGGGUUAUCUGAGGAUGAAGUUCUUUCUGAGAUUUCAGAGUAUGAACAUUCUGGGUCAGAGUCUGCUGCCACUCAACCCCCGGCUGUGGAGGAACCAGAUUGAGUUUUAGAAAUUUCCACUUUCUUCUAAGAGAAGUUUUUGGUGAAUUCAGAGGUUCCAGAGGCCAAAUUCCCCGAUGAACCUUUGAUUCCUAAAUUGGAUAGAGUUUGAGGACAGGGUUGUACCUUAUCCUUCCCUGCUCCUGUUAGAUGACGAACAUUAUUGAGAAGGAUUGGGACAUGAUUGGAUUCCUUUUUCCCCUCUUCUCCCUUUAACAAUUUGUUCCCGGUCCUGGACUCUCAAUGGAGUUUUUGAGGUAUCUGUCCCAAAAAAUGGAUGGCGCCAUUUUCACCCUUGCUAACGUUCUACUAUCCCGCUUGAGGAUAGCUCUUCGUUUAAAGAGCCCAUGGAUAACAUACAGGAUAUUUGUUUCAACCGGCGGCGGCUGUUGCCAUGGUUGCUGGAGCUGCUACCUUCUGGUGCAACUCCUUACGGGAUUUGAUCGAGGGGGAGGGUCCCCUCGAUGUUAUUCAGGAAAGAAUUAAGGCCUUGAGGGUUGCUAAUUCUUUUAUCGGUGAUGCUAAUAAGCAGAUUAUUCGCCUGAAUGCUAUGGCUUCAGCUUUUUCUGUUCAGGCCCAUCGGGCUCUGCCUGAAGUCAUGGUCUGCGGAUAUGUCUAGACUUUUUUCACUUUAAGGCAAUGAUUUUGUUUGGUCCAGGCCUGGACUUAAUUAUCUCAAUGGUCACAGGGAGCAAGGGUGCCCUCCUACCGCAAGAGAAUAUGAACUAGUCUAGGGGACAAUUUUCGUUCUGAUAAAGUCCAUGUCAGCAGUCCUCCGCUAGGCCAGAGCAAAACAAGAGCUCUUGGGAGCCGGCUCAGUCCUGGAAUAAAUCCAAGCAGAGCAAGAAGCCCACCGAGUCUAAGUUGGCAUGAAUGGACGGUCCCCGGUCCUCUUCUGGAUUGUGUCGGGGCAGUCUGUUGCUCUUUCAGUCGCUUGGUUGAGGGACGUGAAGGAUCCAUGGGUACUGGAGGUCAUAGCUCAGGGUAACAAGAUAGGUUUCAAGUCUCAUCCAUCCAAGGGUAGAUCCUUCUCUCUUUCCAGUCUUCCUGACCAGAAAGGAGGAAAGCCUUUCUGGGGUGCGUAUGGGAUCUGUCCUCUUAGGAGUUAUUGUCCCGGUGCCUAUCGCAGUAAGAGGUUUGGGAUACUAUUCGUCCGAUUCUGGACCUAAAGUGCUUAAACCAGUUUUUAAAUGACUUCCUUGUUCAAGAUGGAGACAAUAAGGUCCAUUCUUCCCCUCGUUCGAGAAGGGCAGUUCAUGACCACAAUAGAUUUGAAGGAUGUUCCCUUUACGUACCAAUCCUCAAGGACCACUUCCAGUUCCUAAGGUUUGCGUUCCUGGACCAGCACUUCCAGUUUAUUGCACUUCCGUUUGGUCUAGCUAUGGCUCCAAGAAAUUUUUCAAAGAGUGGACCAUUCGGAAUCUCUCCUCUGUCUUCUUCAAUCCCAUGGAUGGAAGAUAAUUAGAGAGUUCUCUUGUAUCAAGUACCAGGGUAGAAUCACGGACCCUAAUGUUGCAAGCUAGCUUCAACAUGUCUUGCCUUCCAGAACUCCUUAAGGCCAUCUGUGGCUCGGGGUAUGGAGGUGAUUGGUUUCAUUGUGUCCAGCAUGGACAUCAUUUCCUUUGCCAGGUUUCACCUCAGACUGUUGCAACUGCGCAUGCUGAACAGUGGAACGGCGAUCAUUGGGAUUUGACUCAAAAGAUUUCUAUGGACAUCCGAUCGAGAGAAUCGCUCUCUUGGUGUUUUGUCCGGAUCCCUUGUCCCGAGGGACGUCCGUCUUAAGACCAUCCUUAAGAGGCCAAGCUCUAAAGGCUUGGCCUCUGCUGGGUUUGUCCCAGUUUAUCGGAUUCCAAUCAGACGAUAUAAUCUUGGUGGCUUACAUCAACCAUCAGGGGGGAACAAGAAACUCCCUAGCUAUGAGGGAAGAAUUUCUGAUUCUGAAGUGGGCUGAGACCCACAUUUGUUCGCUGUCAGCGAUCCACAUUCCAGGUGUGGACAACUGGGAGGCGGAUUUCCUCAGCUGACAAUCCUUUCAUCCGGGGGAAUGGUCUCUCCAUCCCGGGCGUUGCAGAGAUUUGCAAGAGGAAGAUCUUAUGAAGUCUCAAUACCAAGCUACCCAGAUAUGGGUUGAGGUACAGGGAUCCUCAGGCGGAGCUAGCAGAUGCAUUAGCAGUGCCUUUGAGGUUCAAUCUAAUAUAUAUUUCUGGCCGUUACCACUACUUCCUAGUUUAGUGGCUCGAAUCAAGCAGGUGUCAGUGAUACUGAUUGCUCCGUCUUGGCCGCGAAGGAUAUGGUUCGCGGAUCUAGUGGGGAUAUCAUCAUCUCCUCCGUGGAAGUUACCUUGUCGCAGGGAUCUGCUGACCAAGGUCUCUUUGUUCAUCAAUUUCUAGAUUCUCUGAGGCUGACUACAUGGAGAUUUAACGCUUAGUCCUAGCCAAGAGAGGGUUUUCUGAGAGUUAUUUUUACUCUCAUUCAAGCUCAUAAGCUGGUUGCUCGUCGCAUCUAUUCUCCAGGAUGAACUGGAGAAGGGCUUUUCUGCAAGUCCCCUGAAGGGACAGAUUUCGGUCCUGUCUGUGUUACUGCACAAGAGGCUCGCUGAGCCUCCAGAUGUGCAGUGUUUUGUUAAGGUUCUGCUAGGAUCAGACCUGUGUUUAGAGCUAAUGCUCCUCUUUGGAGUUUAAAUCUUGUUCUUAAAGUUUUGCAACGGGCUCCGUUGGAGCCUAUGCUUGAGGUAGACAAUAAAUUGUUGUCUUGGAAGGUUCCUUUUCUAUUGGCUAUUGCUUCUGCGCAGAGUAUCUGUGAUUGCUGCCUUGCGAUUAGCAUUCCGUGUACUUUAGAGCUUGGGUAUAUGUUUCCCACAAGUAAGGAAUGCAGCUGUGGACUCUUCCCAUAUUAAGAAGGAAAACAUAAAUUAUGACUUACCAGAUAUAAAUAAAUAUAUAUAUAUAUAUAUAUAUAUAUAUAUGUAUGUAUAUAUAUAUAUAUAUGUGUGUGUGUGUGUGUGUGUUUCUCACUGUAAAAAAAAAAAAUUACUUCCAGUAGUGUCAGCAGCAUCUAAAAGCUCAAAAACAGCUCAACAAAGAGUGUUAAAUGGUUCAGCAGCUAAGCGGUUUAAGGGACAUUAAGCACUUUGAGAUUGUAAUAUAAAAUGUUUAAUUAUGUGUAAUAAAACUACUAUGCAAUAUACUUAUUUAUAUAUUAUUUUUAUCUCAAUUUGGUUUUUUUUAAUUUCUGAUGUCUUUGUGGAAUAUUUUUGUGGAGACUUUAAAUCCUGUUAAAAAUGUUCUUUAACAUUGCACACAGCCUUUGUUUGCACACAUUAGCCUUUUUUUGGUUCAGCACUCUGGGUAACACUUGCUGAUUGAGGGCUGCAUUUAGCCACCAAUCAGCACUACCCAGGUUCUGAACCAAAAGUGGGGGCUGGCUCCUAAGCUUACAUUCUUGCUUUUCAAAUAAAAAUACCAAGAGAAUGAAGAAAAUUGAUAAUAAGAGUAAAUUAGAAAUGUGCUUAAAAUUGUAUGCUCUAUCCGAAUCGUGGAAGAAAAAAUGUGGGUGUAUCCCUUUAAAAAAGCUACUUGGAGGGGGUAAGUGAUUUUCAUUCCUCAAGAGCUUUUUAAUGGGGUUAUAGUGUUUAUUGCAUUGCAUUGCUUUGCCAUAUGCUAUAAUUGAGAAGUCUGAUGUCCCUUAAUCUACCCAAUAAACUAAGUCCCCUGAA